GGCCGGCCGGCAGUCAGCUGGGCGCGAAGGUUUGAUCAGACAGACAGACAGGCCCGACCUCACCUGACCUUUGACCAAGAACACUUGCAACAACAGCAGCAGCAUCUCGACGACACCCACAUCACAUCUAGCAUAACAGCAGCAUUCAAUAAUAACGACAAGCACACACCCACACCCAUGGCACACAAGUCGGCCCCCAUCGCAACCCCCACUGCCGAGCCAUCAAACCCACUCAAUGCCGCUGGCUCCCGAGGCCGCAGGCGUGGGGGCGGUGGCCGCGGCAGCGUGGUGAGGAGCUCGCUCGAGCUCGUCUUCAGCUACUCGCGCUCGCAGCAACGCUUCAACGGAGGCCUUCCCUCGGCGCCCUCGUUUGUAGAGUACGAGUGGGGAGCGCAGGACGGCGGCGAGACGGACACGGAGCUCGACGAGUCGCGCCCUCCCUCCGAGUAUGACGCUGAGCAGGGCUACGGCUCGGGCUACGGGUCAGGCGACGAGCGGACCGAGGCGGACGCCGAGUCGACGGCCGGCGACGCCUUCUUCCCCGGCGACCCGGUCGCCGCGGCGCGGAGAUCCUCCGCCGAGAGCCCGCUCCCCACUGUCGCCGAGUCGCACGAGGAGUCGACGUCGCCGACGAGCGGGCCGUCGACGGCCGAUCCGACGCCACGGACCACGCCCCUCGCGCUGCCGGGUAAGCGCGGGGGUAUCCUCUCCUUCUUCAGCUCGACGCCGCCGGCGACCGUGCCGCUCAGCACGUCGAUCAGCAACUCGUCGAGCGGGAGCCAGACGACGCCGCGCCCGCCCGUACGCCUCCUGCCGGACGUGGACGGGCCGCCAGGGUACAACGGUGGCGUCGGGCCGCGGACGCUGUCCGGCGCGAGCAGGAAGCGGCCGAGCCUCAUCCCCCCCGACGCGAUGGAGAGCAGCGACGACGGCGGCCUGUCCUCGCCCCAGUCGCGCAAGGUGUCGAUCGCGACCGAGCGUACCCCGCUGCUCGGGCCAGACGGCUCGCGCCGCAAGUCGUGGGCGCCGGACCGCCUCAUGCCCCCUGGAGAGUCGCCGCAGCGCAGCGUGUCCCUCUCGCAGCAGCGCCGCGUCUCCAAGGCCAAAGUCGCGCCUCCGAGGGGAGAGAGCACGGACGGACAGGCGCUCUUCAACGCUGUCGCAGUUCUCGUCGGUAUCGGCCUCCUGUCAAUGCCGCUUGCGUUCUCGUACGCCGGCUGGGUCUGGGGCACGGUCAUGAUUAUUGGCUUUACGUGGAUCACCUGCCAUACCGCAAAGCUUCUCGCCAAGCUCAUGUUCUCGGACGCGAGCCUCGAAGGCUAUACUGACAUUGGACGCAAGGCGUUCGGCGGCUGGGCUGGUAACACGAUCAACCUGCUGUUCUGCCUCGAGCUCUUCACCUUUGGCGUCGCCAUGACUGUGCUCUUUGGCGACUCGCUCAACGUCGUCAUCCCCAAGCUGACGCCGAACGAGGGCAAAUUGCUCGGCUUCUUCCUGGUCCUGCCCACCGUCUUCAUGCCCCUCCGCAUGCUCUCCAUCCCCUCGAUUCUGUCGACAAUGGCGACUGUGCUCCUCGUCGGCAUCAUCCUGUUCGACGGCUUCUACAAGGCCGAGGCACCUGGCUCAAUCCGCGAGCCCAUGCCGACGCACUGGGGGCCCGAGACGACCAACAUGAACUGGCUGGGCGGUGUGGGUCUGAUCCUUGCCGGCUUUGGCGGCCACUCGGUCUUCCCCAGCAUAGCCCGUGACAUGAAGCAUCCCGAGUCGGCUGACCGCGUCUUCAACAUUGCAUUCUACACCGCCGGUGCCAUUUCCUUCAUCUCUGGCGCCGCCGGCUACCUCAUGAUCGGCGACCGCGUCUCGGACGAAAUCACGCGCGAGAUGAUGGACCCUCGCUUCGGCUACCCCGUGCUCAUCAACAUUGCCGCAGUGUGGAUGAUUGUGGUCAACCCGCUCACCAAGUUUGCACUUUGCUCGCGUCCUCUGAACGUUGCGAUCGAGGGCUUCCUGGGUUGGGCACCGUCCCUCGCGCCCACCACUCCCCCGACUCCUCCGCCUCGUGCGCGUCGCCAGUCGGUCGUCGACCACUUAGCCUCGACAAUUAGCAUCUCGGUGUCGGGCGCCGGUGCGUCCGACUACCUGUCCACCGACGACAGCCACAUUCCUCACAACAACAACCUGCCCAAGUCGCCCCUGACGACGACCUUUGCGGCUGACCCCGAGUUCCUCGCUCGCGAGACGAAGAAGGGCACGAUGCGUAUCAUCAGCCGCACCAUCAUCACGGCGUUGACGGUGGCGGUUGCGAUUGCGCUCCCCGGCUUUGGCCGUGUCAUGGCAUUCAUCGGUUCCUUCUCGGCCUUUUUAAUCUGCAUUGUGCUUCCACUCUCAUUCUACCUCCGCCUGCAGUCGCGCAUCCCCGGCGACAACGAGGACACGCUGUCGAACCGUAUCUGGCACAUGAUCCACAUUAUCCUGCUUAUCGGAAGUGUGAUUCUCAUGUGCAUGGGGACACUCGGCACGACCCCGCAAUGCGCGGCACGCACGCCCAUCGCGCUUCCCAACCUCGCCUCGCCCGCCCCCGAGCCCCCCAUAUCAGCACCAGACACCCCCCUCCCCCUGCAUCUGCCCCGCUCCAUAAACCCACGACGCGCGCUCCUCCUCCUCUCGAUCCCCCAGCCGCCCUCUACCUGGCCAUCCCACCUCGACACGCUGAGCCCCCUCCUCCAGCACUGCUCCUUGAAGCUCAAGAAGGCCGGGGUCGCAGUCAACGCGGUGUACGACGGCACUGGGACUGCCCCGUUCCCUGCGUUCGGGGCGGAGGAGGUAUACCCUGCGCACCUGCUGUACGCCGACGGGCGGGCGUUCGCCUUUGAGCACUUCUCGACCGACACGCUCAAGACCGCCGCGUGGACCGAGGCGAUGGCGUACGAGCCGGCGUUUUCCGCCGUGCCCAACUCGCUGGCGCACGACGGGGACGCCGAGGUGCUGGUAUGCACCCACGCCUCGCGCGACUGUCGGUGCGGCGACGCCGGCCUGCCGCUGCUACAUGCGCUGCGCGAUGCCGCCACGGCCCGCGGGCUACAUCUGCCGGUACGCGAGGUCGCCCAUGUCGGCGGGCACAAGUACGCGGCCAACGCGGUGCUCCUGCCGUCGCUGGACAUGCUGUCGAACCUGACGUCUGCCGAUGCCGGCGCCCUGCUGGACUUUGUGCAGGCCAAGCGCGCGCCCGGGACAAUGUGGGAGCACUGGCGCGGCCGGUUCGGCCUGAGCGAGGCGCAGCAGGCCGAGGUGUGGGCCAGCGUGUCGGGGCCCUCGAUCACGCCGGCGCCGGAGAGCGAGGGGGAGAAGGUCCGCCUCAGGUUCCGCACGUUCGAGGGCGAGCUGCGCGAGGUGCAGGCGCCGCUUGGCGAGAGCCUGCUGAGCGUCGGUAAGGCGAAUGACUUGCCCGCGCUCGAGGGCACGUGUGGCGGGAAUCUUGAAUGCGCAACAUGCCACCUGUACCUCCGGCCCAACCCGCGCCCCGCGCCCGUCCCCGAACCGUCAGACGACGAGCUCGACAUGCUCGGCUACGCUUUGAGCUACAAGGACGGCGAGAGCCGCCUGGGGUGCCAGGUGAAGGUCACGCCCGAGCUCGCCAAGUGGGUUGAGGAGGGGGGUGUUAUCGACCUCCCGAGGUUCUAGGUCGCGAGCCUCGGCCCCGCUGUAGCCAGCUAGACUGUAGAUACUGUACACAUGCAUAUGCCUAUCAUUG